UUAAGAAAGCACUCAAAUACUUUCCUACUACCAAAUUCUGUGCAUCUCAGAGAACUUCUACAUGGUAAGAUCAGCCAUUCUAAGCCUGGGAGAUUACCUUGGGGUUUAGAAAAAAAGUUCGUAGUGUUUAGAAAUGAACACUUUGGGGGCUGGAGAGAUGGCUCAGUGGUUAAGAGCAUUGACUGCUCUUCCAGAGGUCCUUAGAGGUCAAAUCCCAGCAACCACAUGGUGGCUCACAACCAUCUGUAAUAGGAUCUGAUGUCCUUUUCUGGUGUGUCUGAGGACAGGUACAGUGUACUUAUAUUAAAUAAAUAAAUAAAUAAAUAAAUAAAUAAAUAAAUAAAUCUCUAAAAAGUAAAAAUAAAUCAUUAACAAAAAUAAACACAGCUUUGUGCAGUGGCAGUAUUGUAGCCAAUGAGGUUUAUCUGAGGUGCGAUUAUUGCUAAUUGAAAACUUUUCCCAAUACCCCGCCAUGACAACUUGCAAUAUAGUUGGCAUUGGCAAUUUUUGACAGUCUCUAUGGAAACUGAAUUAAAAAAAAUAAACACUUUCCAUAACCAGACUUGUAUUUUUGACACCGACCUUGGGACCAGCACUAAAAUUAUCGCAGAGGCAAAGGGAGCCUAGGAUUCAGGCCAGCAUGUCUGAAGAUCUCACUGCAUCUUCUUCGGGACAGGAACUGUGGCCAAUGUUUGUCAGGUCUCAAGAAAGCCCAGGAUGAGAAUUCUAGCUGCCCUUUCAAGCUGGACUUGUGCCACCCUGACUCUAGCUUCCUGCUCAGCUACCUUUCCCCCUGGUGCCAGGACCCAGGCCUGUGAAGAUAUGUGGCCUAGGCACACACAAACCCUGCCCAACCACCCUGGUCCCCACUACAUCCAUACUAGCAGGUCUUCCUGCUUGCCAGGAACUAAGAUUCCAGCGUCUGUCCAAAGCAGUCGUGACUCCGUGGGCUUUCUGCUGCAGGCACGCAGCAGUGGCUGUCACCAGACAGCGGGCACCUUUGUCUUGACUCCUGGCCAUUCUAAACUGAUGACUUGUUUAGAAGAGGCAGAUACUGUCACUCACUCUGACAGCACCCUGAAGAGGACACUUUUGUUCAUAAGGAAAGCCCCUGCCCAGCCUGUGGAGGAUAUUAGAUUCCCGUUCCAGGGAAUUGCCUACCAGAAACUCAGUCUGAGUCCCUGGUUUUGUUUCUGUGGUCCACCAAUCACCAAGUCAUAUAUCAUGCUGUGGGUCAGGAGUGAAUCACCCUUAGUGCCUCGACAGACACACAGUGUCUCUGCCACCCUCUACCACAUGCAACCUGGGUCACCAGCGCAAGCACCUUACUGGAGGCCAGAUGCUGCCAGAGAACUGGCCCAGCUACGGCUUGCUGGUUGCUCACAUGCCUGGUUCCCAGCACACCCUGAGAGCGAGACUUUAAAGGCAACACCACACUUAGGUGUGGAGCUCCCACCCCCUUGGAUGCUGCCUCACAUACUGGGAGAUGUAUACUCUGCUGUGUCAGAUGCCAGCCUGGGUAGCCAACAGGGUGACAUACAAUGCCAGAAACUCAGUAGAGAGAUCAACCCAAUCUUACAACCAUCCCUGGAUGUCUGUAAGUUGGAGACACUUAUGACUCUCAGAAAAGGCUCCCCAGACAUGUCAAUAUAUACUUUUGUAUUACGUAUUAAACGAAUGGCAGUACUCAUGUGUUCUUUGCUUUCUCACACCCCUCCCCCAACUCUCCUUUCUGGCAUCUGUGUCCAAACUCAGGAUUUUUUUCCAGGAAAAUCUGAUUUAUCAAAACACAUAGAGGCAAGAGAAAAGAUAGAUUUUCAUUUUAAAGUCUCUAUGUCUCCUUUCACCCUUUUAAUUCCCUUCCCCACCUUUAGGACUCAGAAUGGUCUGAGCUUUGAUUCUUUGAAAACCUGCCUGUCCUUGGAUAAGGGCACUGCAGACGGUGGUGUGGGAAACCUUAGCAAGACUGACCUAAGGCUGGAAGUGAAGCUAGAGGGAGCCAGUGCCUCUUUGGUGAUGCAACUUAGAACUGAUCAGCUGUAGCUGGUGAUCAGCUGGGAAUCCUGCCUGAUUUGCCUGUCAGCCACCCUGGGUAUGGCCCUGGCUGCUGGACUUUGCCAUCUGUACCCUCAGUCUUACCACAAGCGGACAGAAAGGGUCCUUCAGAUGCUUCUUACUGCAGAUGCUGUUGCCAGGAGUGGCAGUGCGGAGGCUGUGCAUGACAGGAGGACAGGUGAUAACUGAAUCUCUCUGUGGGGGACAAAAACCUUGUCCUCUGAAGAGACCCUCGGACUGGGCCCCUCGGUGGCUCCACAGAGUGCCUUAGUCAAAAACGAGCUAAUGAGAAUUUCCGACGAGGCCAAGGCCCCCUGUGCCUGCUGUCAGUGUGAAGUGAGCUCAGGAAGCAGCAAAGGGGCAGACUUAUCAACAGAGGGAAUUCGUCUCCUGCUUUGUUGUCUUAAUGCCUGUAAUUUUGCUUCUUUUUUCCCUUCUUGCAAUUAGACGUUCUGUUUGAAGAGUUAAACUCGACACAAUGAAUAUUGUAUAACCUGCUCAUUAGCUAGACUCCUGUGGCCGUGAAGCUUCCUCUGUUGCCUGAAGGAGCCCGCAGAAAUAGACGUCCUGUCCUCUGUAGUGUCUCAGCCUCAUCUCCUCUAACCCUUUGAAAAAAGUCGUGUUGGGGCUUAGCUCUUGCGAGAAAGAAAGAUCUGUACUCCUCCCUGUGCCUCUCUAAAGCACCCCAAAAGGAGUUGUCCUUUCACAGUCGACAUUCCAAAACUAGUUAGAGGUCGGGCUCAGGAAAGCAGGUGUAGGUGAGGGCAGUCUGUCUGUCUGUCUGUCUGUCUGUCUGUCUGUCUGUCUGUCUGCAAGCACACGAUCCUUGGUCGAUCACUGUGCAGGCACAUGCAGAGCAAGCAGUUUAGAGAACUUGAUGGAUCACAGCUUGGGAAAGGUAUCCACGCAGCGCAAGGCCACAAGCUCCAGAGUGGAACCCGCAAGCCUGUCACCAGGCAGCAGAUGUGGGACUUCCCAGUCUUUGCCCUGACGAAUAAGGGACUCGUGUUUUCCAGCAGCUGGCAAGCAUGCUACCUUUUGCCAAAGGGGACACUAGAAACAACCUGACCAACUUGAAGAGCAGCCAUUCCUUGGCUGAUUGAGGGAAGAAAGCAUCUUUGAUGAAGACGAUUUGCCCUCCUGACUUUAUGAAGCUUGUUUGGUUUAGCAAGGGUACCUAGUACCAGAACGCCAGGUUCUGAGACCAUCCAUUCUGGUGUUUGUGUGAUAACACAAUGGGAUUAGCUGGAAGCAGAAGUGAACCCAUUGCAGAACGGCUACAUCUGUAUUAAUAUGGAAACAUAAAACCCACCAGUUUGGACAGGAGACUUAUCUUCCACCCAAGUCCCAAUAGUAAGGUGAUGGAAACUGUUGUAUUGCAUUUUGCCCUCCUAUAACUUGAUGAAGACAGGCUCACGAAGUUCUAAGAACAAAACACUGUGCCCCAUUUAACUGCAAAGACACUGUGUAGACCGAUGUGAGAAAAGUGUUGCUUUGAUUUUCCCUACUGAUUUUAGCUCCUUGGGUAUUGACUGAGAGACUCUGCUCUCUUGCAUCUGGGGGAGGCAGUGCUUGGAACAUUAGGUAUAUAAAAACCUAGGUAAAUUGUAUGUCCAUGAAUGAAUGUGUCCUAAGAACACUGAGGAAUGAACCAAACAUAUUUAAUUCCGGCGAGUGCGAGGAAUAUCCCUUCUACAGAUCUAAUAAACACACACCCUUCUUACUUCUCUCUAAACUGAAGAUAAAGAUCCCACAAGUGUACCCUUACUUGGCCUUGUCACAUGUGCACUGUUCAUGAAAACUUUUGAGAUCUUCCUGUGCAAGACAGAGUCUGUGUGUGUGUGUGUGUGUGUGUGUGUGUGUGUGUGUCUCCUGGUAUGUGUCUAUCUGUGUGUGUGGCUGAGUGUGUCUGUAUUUGUCUCUGUGUGUGUCUGUCUGUGUGAGUAUCUGUGUGUAUGUCUGUUGUAGGGAGCUGUAUUGGAUUUGGGCCUGGCUGCUUUGUGACUGUAUAGCUCAAAGUGGCUACGUGACUCUGGGCUAUAUGGCCACAGAUACUCAGGCCUAAGAUGACUGCCAUAAAGUCUUGAGAUUGUUGGACAAAAGCCUCUCCCAUGAAUUUACGGCACAGGAAGAUAACAAUCAUGGAAUGCUUCAGCCCGAGCAAAUACCAGAUGUCUCCUGAGCAAACACUAGAUGUCUCCACCGCCUGACCUCUUCGUCUACCGCCUGACCUCUUUGCCUCCUGCUAUCACUGCCUGAAUACCUUUACCCCUCCCUCCUUUGUGUUUCACAAAGGGCACUCCCCCUAUCUGAAUGCCUUAUAAGCCGUAACACUCACCCCAAUAAACAAGACCUUGACAACAGAACCUUGCUUGGUGUCCUUCUUUUCUCCCCCCCUUGACCCUUAGGUAGCGCCUCUUCGGAACCCUGAAUAACUGAACCCGCUGGACAGGUCAGUCUGUGAGUGUCUGUGUGUAUCUGUGUGUCUGUAUGUAUGUGUGUGUUUGUCUGUGUCUGUGUGUACGUGUCU